UUGGAGAAAAACCAUUUCAUGUUAACAACUUUACCCACCACACUCUUUUUUCAGUUUUAAUUAUUAUUACUAUACUCCAAAUUUUCAAUCUUGUUAAUUCAAUUAUUAAUAAUCAAUUAUCAACUAUGUUUAUAGCCCUUUUCUUCAUUCCCCUUUUUUCAUUUGAGUUUGAGCUCUUCAAUGGCGUUUCCUCCUUCAAUCUCUCUUCCCUCUGAUCCAUUCGCCUUAAAGCUUCUUCCUUUAUCAAGGAUCUCUGUUCCUGCGCAAAUUACAGCGAAAAUUGAGCUGACCCAGUUGAUAUCUUUAAGGAGAAGUAAGUGUUCUAGUUUAAAGGCUUCGAUGGGGUCUCCGGGAUUUACCCAACAGCUUAAUAACAGCAAGUUAGAGAGUUUGGCUGAAGUUAAAGACGGUCGUGAUGAUAUAUUUAAUGAUCUGAAGGAUAGAUUUUUAAGUUUUAAGAAGGAUGUAUACAUGAAAAAUCCGGAACUGUCUGAAAGUCUCGCCAAGGUUCAAGUACCUAAGUUCAUGGUUAUUGCAUGUGCAGAUUCCAGGGUAUGUCCCUCCAGUAUUUUGGGAUUUCAGCCCGGAGAAGCAUUCACAAUCCGCAAUAUUGCUAAUUUGGUUCCUACCUUUGAGAGUGGACCCACCGAAGUAAACGCUGCAUUAGAAUUUGCGGUAAACACCCUUCUGGUUGAGAACAUCUUAGUAAUUGGCCACAGCUGCUGCGGCGGUAUACGCGCUCUUAUGGGCAUGGAAGAUGACGGCACUACAGGGUACGUAAUUCUAGUCAUUCUUGUUCCUUUUCUAUCUUUAGUAAAUGUGUUCGAAUAUUUUCAUUUUCCUUGUAGGUUUAUAAAAAGUUGGGUUGUUAAUGCAAAGAAUGCGAAAGUAAAAACCAAGGCUGUUGCUUCCACCCUCGACUUUGAUAGCCAGUGCAAACAUUGUGAAAAGGUAUCAAUUAACCAUACCUUAGUAAACCUACUUAGUUACCCUUGGAUUAAAGAGAAGGUGGAGAAAGAAGAACUCUCUAUUCACGGUGGUUACUAUGACUUUACCGACUGUUCAUUUGAGAAAUGGACAUUGGACUAUCGGGGAACCGAACUCGAGGAAAAUGGAAGAAUUGCUACAAAAGAUGAAGUUUUUUGGUCCUGAGUUUUUACUUACCGUUUUCCUGAUUGAUGUACCAGUUUGCGUGUCUAAAAUUCAUACCUAUAGGAUUUCAAAAGCAUAGAUUGAAUAAUGUGUUUUGUAUAACUCAUAAAACAUUGUAACUUAAGUGUUAUUUGAUUAAACCCCAACCGUGUCGUGUGUCUGUUUGUUUAUGGUUUCUGAAAACAUUUCGAGUUAUAAUGUACUACAGGUAUUUUAGCCAGUAAUGAAAUUUAUUUUGCUAUCUA